AUGCAUGGCAUCUUGGCACUAAAGAACGACGCUGCUGACGACACGAAUCUGCAGUUGCUGAAGCAGCUACCCAAAUGUAAACAAGCGAGUCUGUCUAGGCUUAAAUUGGCCGAAUCGGGGCACGCUGGAAAAUCUCCGUCCUGGAACGGUUCCUCCUCCUCCUUCUCCGCCUCUCAUUCGCCACCUCUUCCUCCUCCUCCUCCUCCUCCUCCUCCUCCUCAUUUGCCCUCUCCUUCUCCUGCGUCUCAUUCUUCACAUCCUACUCCUCCUUAUUCUUCACCUCCUCAUCCUCCAUCUCCUCCUCCUCCCCAUUCUCCACAUCCUCCUCCUCUUCCUCCUUCACCUCCUCCUUCUCAUUUACCACCUCCUCCUCAUCCUCUUCCACAUCCUCCACCUCCUCAGCCUUCUUCUCCUCAUUCUCCACCUCCUCUUCCUCCUCCCCAUACUCCUACUCCUCCUCCUCAUUCGUUUGUCUCGAGAGCUUGGCACACCAGUAGAUCUCCAUUCACAGAUUCAUCUGACAUAUCGUACAAACACAAGGAGGACAGCUAA